UAGGAUUUCCUCGGAGGAGCUGGCCAAAGUGACUGGGGAGAGGGAAGUCUGGGCAUCCCUGCUUAGGCUACUGUCCCCACGACCCAACCCCGGAUAAGCGACUGAAAGUGGAUGGAUGAAUGGAACAAAAAUACUGGUGCCCAGUGUUACAGGGACAAAGCAAUUUUAGUUUAAAUUUUGAAUACUAUAAAUUAUAUUUCUUGCAAAAUAAUGGGAUAAUUCAUAAGUCAUAGUUCAUUAAGGACUAAUAAAAUCAUGAAAAUCAGACACGAAAGCAUAAUUUUCCCUCCAAAAACUUUUAAAUUACAGUUAAAAAAUGGUUUGAGUUAUUUUGUAACUAAGAUUAUUUUCUCUAAUUGCUAUACACUCUACACACAUCACCCUUUCAUAAUCGGAAACACGAUUGAUCAACCGCUGAUUUGCAAUUGCCGACAGUCCUGAAGGCAGCGUUAAUUCCGUCGUCUGUUUGUACUGUUCCAUCUCACAAAAAUCAGAGUUUAAUCUCUUUUUGAGUGUUAACUAACAUUUAUUUUAGUCAUAAUUUCCUUUCAUUGUUUCAUUUUUAUUAAUUGCUGUUUAACAUUAGCACUAGACAAUGAAAUAUUACUUUUACCAAUGUAAAUUCAGCGGACACCCCCACAUAAUGGUACAGCCCAUCCGCUGACAUUCAAAACAAAAAUGGCACAUGGGAAGUGUUAGUGAGAGUUGUGCUUCUCUCGAAAGUGAAAACUAACGGCUGUGACUGGUCGACAUUUUCUUACUAGAAACACAACUCUUCAGCCAGGCCUGCUCGGUGUUACUCAGGCAUGGCGUUUCAAAUAUCAGCUUCACAUAUCAGAGCGGUUUCGUGCAUGAGCAGCUCGAUGCCCUGUGUACGUAGCGACUUCCAGAGAGCUGGUGUCAAGUUCAAGCACUUUUUUACCCUGGGAGGCAGCCCCCAGUUUGGACGGACGCCAGUCGCGAGUCCUGCUCGCGGGGAGGUUGACGCUGCAAUCCGAGCCCACCGCUUCUCAACCACUACCGCGGCAGGUGCUCCCCGGAAGUUCGUCCAAGCUAACGGUUCCUCCUUACCCAGAGGAAGGAGUGGCUGGCUGGGCAAGUUUGCUCUCGGUGCUGCUCUGGGGGCGAGCACCGCUGCCCUGGUCCAGUCCUUCCACACUGGAGUCAUCACCGCCAUGUCCCAUAAAAUUAAUCUGGGCUCUGCCGAGGGAGACUGGAAGGAAACAAAGGCCUUCUUGCUGUCUCUGUCCCUGGAGGACCGACGUCCAUACUACAGGACCUCAGGCUCUGUGUCUCUGGUUGAUAUACCAGUGUGGACUCCUACUGCAGGCGGUUCUGAGCCGAGCCGCUAUCAGAGGAACCAAAAGUUAGACCAGAAGAUUUCUGUGUACAGCGGCGACAUCACCAUGCUGGAGAUAGAUGCUAUAGUCAACGCAGCCAACAAGACUCUGCUCGGAGGAGGUGGAGUGGAUGGAGCCAUCCACCGAGCCGCUGGUCCCCUGCUCAAAAAGGAGUGCGCUUCCCUCAACGGCUGCGAGACGGGAGAGGCCAAGAUCACCUGCGGCUACGGCCUCCCAGCAAAGUAUGUGAUCCACACCGUGGGGCCGAUUGCUCAGGGAGGAGUGGGAGAGCAGCAGAGGAGAGCGCUGAAGUCAUGCUACAAAAACAGCCUGGAAGCAGCCACUAGCAACGCCGCUCGUUCUGUGGCUUUCCCUUGCGUCUCCACAGGAAUCUACGGAUAUCCACCUGAACAGGCGGUUCACGAGGCACUAGCAGCCGUAAGGGAGUUUCUUGAUGCACAUCAUGACAAGCUGGACAGAGUCAUCUUCUGUGUGUUCUUGCCGAUGGAUAAGGAGCUAUAUCUGCAGAACCUCCCGCUCUACUUCCCUGCCGCCUGACCAAAUGACCGGGGCUUACCCUUCAGAGACGACUGUCAGGAGUAAACUGUAGAAGCAUGGACUCACCAGAUUUGCUGUGAAUGCACACCGCUGCAAGCAACUUCCUGAUUCUUCCUCUUCCUCCUCAGAUCAAGACCUUCUUCAGGGGGAUGUUAAAUUGUGAAUCGUAUUGCUUUAUUUGAAAUGCACACUGCCUCUCCUUCAGAUUGUGAUUAGUUUGAGAGACAUAUGUAGAAUCUGUGCAUCUUAAUCUGCCGUAGCGUUUCUCGUUGAGUUUACAAACCCGACGUGAACACUGUGUCCUGUGUGCUUCGUCUUUAGGAUUCCACUUGGUGUUUGUGAGAAACAAAAGCCCAUUAAAGCAAACCUCACAGGCCUCUUGUGUGUGAAGUGAUUAUUUCUCUGGAUGUGAUAUGAGUCAAUGAGUCGAGAGGCCGCUGAGGAGCACAUAGCAUGUUUAACAUUUGUGUCUUCGUUGGCUUUCAUUGGAGGCUGAAUAGUGGAGAGGGGAAUAAACAGAAAAGUGUUGAAAAAUUCUACCUGAUUACAGUUGAGUCUAUAUGUAUGUAAAGGGUAUUUUCCUUCUGUGUGUUUCUUCUGAUUGCAUUUUUAGGUUCUUUUUUUAACACAGGAAAUGUUUAUUUACCUUGCUGACAGUUGCAACCACUCCUGCGGUCUUCAUCAGAGCUAGCUGCUAAUGACGACAUCACUUCCUUCGCUGUUAAUCCAUAAAGGAAAGAUUAUCACUGGUUUUGGUUCCAGUGAUAACUCUUCCUUACUUCUAAGGCAUUACAGAAAAAAUCAUAGCAAGAAUGAAAAAACAACAUAACCACACCAACAAAACCAUACGCACAGUUAAAACCAGACUGGUACGCCCAAAGGACAAGGUAUCAGCAGGACAUGAAUGUGGAGUCGUUUAUGAAAUGUCAUGCAAACUUUGCAAUAAAACAUACAUAGGAGAAAUCGGACGCCAACUCAACCCACAAACAACAGAACAUAGAGGAGUGUGAGAAAAAAACAAGCCAAAGACACACAACAGCAGCGAAAAAAGAAGCAGAAAGCACAAUGAAGAAAUCAGACAUAACAGACCACUGCGCAAGGGGAAAUCAUAUAA